AAAGCAGGCUCUACCACAUGACUUUAUUUGUUGUUGCAUUUGAAUGGUCAUUUGGAAGAGACAAACAUGUGGCCAAAUCAAGGACCUCCAGCCGCUGGGCCGCCCAAUCCUGCCUUUCCUUGUCCUCCAAACCCAGCGUACCCAGCCAUGCCCAUCCCAUCCGGCCCGCCUGGACCCAACCCUGUCUAUCCACCCAUGAACCAUCCCAUGACCAUCCCGUACCCCGCACCCAACCAGCCGUUCCCCCCGGCGGGGCCCUUCCCCGGGGCCGCUCACCCCUGCCCCGUCCCUCAGUACGGGGGCCACCCCGCAGGAGUCCACGCACCUGGACACAAGAAACACAAGAAGAUGAAGAAAGGCCAUAAAGCUCAUAAAGCUCACAAGGAGCACAAACACAUGAAACAUGGCAAGGUGAGAGGCUGA